UCUCCCCCCAAUUCCUAGGGUUUGCGCUCCAUCGAUUUCUCUCCGAUGAAGGCGGAGGCCUCGACCUCCGGCGGCGCCGGCGACGGGAUCGGCCCGAAGAGGAGGGGCGCGGUCGGCGCCGUCGCCCCGGAGCGGCUCAAGGCCGUGAAGAGGGAGCGGUCGAGCAAGGCGGUGACCUCCGACGGCGCCGGGAUUGGCUCGGAGAGGACGGGCGCGGGUGGAGCCGCCGCCGCCGCCGCCGCCCCGGAGCGGCUGCAGGCCGUGAAGAGGGAGAGGUUGAGCAGGAACCGCGGGGAGAAGGAGCCGCCGCCGUCGUCGAGGGCGACGCAGCAAGACGACUCUGCUCGCAGGGUCCUGCGCUCCCACUACCUCGCCGUCAAGAACCUCAUCAACGACGAAAGAGAUGACUUGCUGAGGGCCGACUCGGAUAAGUUCGCUACCAUCAUCACUGAAGUGGAGAACUUGUAUGAACUAGUGCAGAAGCCAAGGGAGCAAGUGGCAGAUGCUGAGGCACUGUUAGAUAUUGCAAACACUCUGGUCAGCUCAGUGAAAUCAUACUCCAGUGAGGGCAUAACUCCAUCGGAUUUUGUGAAUUGCUUACUCAAGGAUUUCGGUCAGCCGAUGGGAGGCUUAGGAAACAGUGAAAAUGAUCGGGUCCCUUUUAACUGGAAGGAUUUAGGCGUAGGUGUUUCGCCCAUCUUUAGAAACUUCCGUGGCUGUUGUACCAUGCUUGGACCAAUGAAUACUCAGCUUAAGCAAAGGAAGGUUACUGUUCAUAGAAGACAUACGAGGCCCACUGAAAGUGCUCGCCCUGAGGAGAUUGAUGAUGCUGGGGUUGAAGAGAAGACAGAUACUGACAAGAACAUGUCAACAAUGUUUGAGAUCUUGAGAAGGAAGAAGCGUGUCGGACUUGAUAGCUUGAUUUUGAACAGACAGUCUUUUGCACAGACUGUUGAGAAUCUGUUUGCUUUGUCUUUCCUAGUCAAAGAUGGGCGAGCUGAAGUUAUUGUGGAUGAGAAGGGCAAUCACUUUGUUUCACCAAAAAAUGCUCCCAUUUCUAGUCUUGUUCUGUCUGGUGAAGUGGCUUACAAUCAUUUUGUAUUCAGAUUUGAUUACAGGGAUUGGAAGAUGAUGAUUAGCACGCUACCACAUGGAGAGGAGUUGAUGCCACAUAGAGAGCAGCAGAUCUGCUCGGUUGCUUCUCAAGCAGAUCCAGUGUCACGUAAUUCUCAAUCAGCAUUAACCACAACACCCAUUAGGAAACUGACUAGAAAUCGUGGUUUGGUCAUACAGGAAGAAUCGGUGGUUCAAGACUCUCCUGUAACUGAUGACGACACUUCAACAAGAGCUAAUGCCAUCCGAAAAUGUAAACGGAAACUUCAUUGAGGGGGCUUUUAUGGGAUGGUGGCUCAUGUCAAGACUCCUUCAGUGUUUGCAGCUCUAGUUUCUGCUGUUUUCGGUGUAUAUAGGUGGAUGGUCUAGGUUUUCCUUAGUGCGUAGUUCAAAGUGCAUACCUCUAUUCUUUUGGGAAAUUUUGUUAUUGACCGAGGUCUUUCUAUUGGUGUGUAUAUUUUAGGUUUCUAAAUCAUCUGAGGAUGCACUUUGUCGUGGUCUGUCCUUCUUCAAUCAGAAGAAUUGCUUAUGUGAACUCUUGUAUCGAAUGUCAAGAACAAGCCAUCCGAGUGAGUCUCUAUAUUUUAGUUGCUGACUCGCCGAGGCCUUUCUGCUUUA